AUGUUUAUGCUUUGUCCGUGCGUAGCAAGUAGUUAUGUCCGUUAUCUUUACUUUCUCGGUUCAGCGUCUACCGCGUGCUCAACCGGUACGUCGGCUGGUGUUGGUGAUGAUGCAUCUUUGUUCGUUCCUGUGUUGCCUGUUUCUCUUGGUGGAUCGAGGAGAAAUUGUACGAACAUUGAUCACUGAUAAGGAUUCGGUUCCCGAAGAAGCUCCGUUCGAUUAUUGACGGACACCUUAUCUAUCAACCGAAGGAAAAUUCACGAGAAGAAAAUUAACAUCAGUUCGAAUCAGUCUUAAUUCGUUCGUCACCGGUUUUGGUCAUUGUGCUAGGAAAAUAAGUUUGUCGAAUUCAAUUGGUUCUAUCAGGGCAGGGAAUUCAAAGUAUCCGAUAUAAUAACAAAGUGAAGUUCAUUUUCGCGAAAAGAUUCGGUAUUUAAAGUAAAACUGGGCUAAACUCUCCUAUCAACAAAAAUGAUGGACGAAUUUGCCUUGCGUUGGAACAACUUUGCCGACAACAUUGCCAGUGGGUUCCAGAAUCUGUACGAUCGAGGCGAUCUGGUGGAUGUGACAAUCGCAUGCGACGGAUAUCUGCUGAAGGCGCACAAAAUUGUGCUAGCCAUCUGUAGCCCGUACUUCCAGGAAAUGUUUGUCAGCAACCCUUGCAAACAUCCCAUAAUCGUACUGAAGGACGUCUCACAAAAUGUCAUGCAAGAGCUGCUACAAUUUAUGUACCAGGGAGAGGUGAACGUAAAGCAUUCUGAGCUGCAGAGUUUCAUGAAAAUUGCAGAAACACUGCAAAUCAAGGGACUGACAGCAUCGCACAAGAAUGAUCGUGAUCUUUCGUCACCAGCUGAGGCAGCGCCACAAAACCCAACGACAGCCCCCAACAACAAUAACACCAACCAAACAUCGGUAGCUAAUCAUCUUGGGUCUAAAGACAUCACUGGGUCCUCCACCAGUCAACUGGACGCUAUCAGACUUAAUUCUUACCUUGCGGCAGCUACUAAAGAUUCUCUGAAACGGGCCGCGGCGGAUGCCUCGUUCUCAAGCGCUGAACAGUAUCCCAUACAUUAUCCAAAGAAAACGAUAAAACGAUCAACUGACAGCAUAGAUCAGGACAGCAACUCGGAUUGCAUGGAUAAUCUCAGUUCGGACGAUGUAUUCAUACCCCACUCGCCGCAGGUUUCGAUGGUCGAGCAAUCCUCAAAUACGUCACGACAGUUUGACACUACCGGUGUCAAACGCGAAAAUAUCAACGAUUCAUCCUCAUCACCGCAUCUUCAACAACAAUCGAGUCCGACCAAUCUGACAGCAUCCUCGACAGCGACAGCGGCGGCUGCUGCCGCGGCCUUAAAACUGGGAUUCUCAAGCACACCUACAAACCACCAUUCGGCGGCGGCAGCGGCUGCGGCAGCACUCCAUCCAAUGUUUGGGGUCUUCGACCCAAACUCUUCCAGCUACAACAGCUUUGCUAGCAGUUUGGCGGCCGCUGCCAGCGGUGGAAACGGAGACAACGGUUCAAUCGCUGGGGACAGCAAAUCGAUCGCCGGCAGUGAGUACUCGCAGGAUUUUGGCCGGGGCAUUCCCGGCCACAUGGACAUUCCCGCCGUGGCCCCCGGCGAAAAGUGGUUCCAAGGACGUUUACAGUUCAUGCUCAGCCAACGGGGUAAACCGUUACUGGUACACGACGGGCAUUCGUUCGGAAUCCAGUACGUCCGCAAGGACAAGAAAUACUGGCAGUGCAAUCUGUCACGGAAGUAUAACUGCAAGGCACGAGUCACCACGACCGACACAGGGGACAUCAUCGUCACCAACAACGAACACUGUCACACGGAAAUCCGCCAACACCUGCGCAAAGACUACAAAUCGAUGAAGCAAUUGAAUGCCAGUUUGGCUGCCCUGAGGGCGCGUUCCCAGCCGGAGGGGGUCAGCUUGCUGGGGCUCGCUGUAGAGGCCGCAGCCACGCUGGGGAAUACCUCGCUCAAUUUGAUCCAAGCCGGUAACAUCACUACUAACUCCAGCAACAAUUUAAUCAACAAUAACAAUAAUAAUAGCAUCAACCUAAAUGCCAAUAACAGUUCAAAUUCGAGUGCCAUACUGUUUGCGCAACAGCUAGCAGCGCAUCCUUCGCAUGAACAGCAGGAAGAACAGGAAACUAGUCUUAAUUUAUCUGGCUGGAAGCUGAAGAAAGAACCAACCGCACCGGGUAGUGAAUGAAUCAAUAUUGUAUGUCAGAAACAUUAAUUACUCUAUAGCAGAUAUAUUCCAAAGAAAUGAACCAAAGUGCAAUUUAAGCUAAGAAAGCUCUCUUGAGCUUAAUGUGUUGUGCUCUUCUAAUGCUUAAGAUAUUAUAUGACCAAAACAAGUUAUUUGACCGCGGAAAUUUUUACUAACCUACAUAUGCUUAAGUGAAUUGUUCCUCGUUGGAAGAAAUUUAUACUGUUAGUUUUUAUAUUGUUUCGUCUUGAAAGGACAUACUAGCUCUUAUUGAAGCCACAACAUUCUGAAGACAUUUAAAUGACGCUCAUUUGCUAGGUUUUUAUUGCCACUAAAGGCAGCUUGAAAAAGAGAUUAGAUAUGUUAUAAUAUUAAAAGGUUUUAACUGGUAGAAGCAAUGUAAUUUUUGAAGUGCGUUAACAUGUAAUGAGUAAGAAUAUUUAUAGAUAAGAUAUUACACAUAGUUUUUAGUUAAAAUACACGUUUUUAAAUCAA